AUGGCAAUCAUUACAGAGUUGUGGGACGCAGAGGAUAUAUGGAAGUUGGCGGCGGUAACUAUCGUAAUCUACAAUGUUUACCGAUCCGUGUAUCUCUUGUAUUUCCACCCAUUGGCGCGUUUCCCAGGACCCAGGUUUGCCGCCGUGUCUGAGGUUUCCCACGUCUACAACUGGUACGUUUCACGACAAGAACUCCACGACGAUUCAUUGAUGCAUAUCUCCUCCAUAGGCUUACAGGAAGUUACCACAAUCAUAUACAUCGUCUCCAUCAGACUUACGGUAAGUCAAUUCGCUGUACAGCAAACUCCCUUGGCUGACAACCAAUGUCUAGGGGACGUUGUUCGUGUGGCCCCCAAUGAACUCAGCUUCAACGCCGCCCGAAGCCUGCAAGGGCAUAUGUUCCUCAAAUCUUCAUUUUAUGCCGGUCCUAGUGGUUACAGCACGAUAGUCAUGGAGAGAGAUCCAGCCAAGCACCGAGAAACGAAGAGGCUCAUGGCUUAUGGUUUUAGCUCCAAGGAGCUUCAGGCCCAGGAGCCAAUCCUCAAGACAAAUCUGGGCCUCUUGACUCAUCAGAUCGAAACCCAAGGCGGUUUUGACAAAAAUGGCGUCUCUCUCAAUAAGUUGUUGCAGGGCUUUGUGUUUGACACAAUUGGAGAGCUUGCCCUGGGCGAGCCAUUCGGAGCACUUGGCACAGGUUCGAGUCGCCCAAUCAUGAAAAUCUCUAGGUUCUUUAGACCUCCGCAACUGACUCUUUUUUUCAUAGGCAAACCUCACCCUUGGAUUGAAACCAUACACGGCGCCAUCUAUUUCAUGAGCAUCGUUCAAAUCGCACCGCGCCUGCCGAUCCUCUUGUUGGCUCUCCCUUUUGUCGCGCCGUGGAGCUCGAUCGGUCAGUUCAUCAGCUUCUUCAGGUACCAGAGCGCAAUGACUCGCAAAAGGCUUUCUCGGCCAUUGCACGACGACAAAAGAGACCUUUUCAGCUUUCUGCUGAAGGAGAAACCUGACAAGUUCUUGCAAGUUGCAUCUGAGGCUUGGCUCGGGAACCAAGCGGGCGUCAUGAUCGCUGCAGGUUUCGACACAUCAGCCGUAACAGCCGUUGCUGCAUCAUAUUACCUCGCUAAAAACCCCGAGAAGAUGAAGCGCCUCCGUGAAGAAGUAUGCGAAAGAUUCACCGACUCUUCCGAGAUGGCCGGUACCGCGGUUCAGCAGCUGUCUUAUCUGGCGGCAUGCAUCGAGGAGACCAUGAGAAUCAUGCCUCCCAUCACGUUUGGCUUACCUCGCGAAAGCCCCGGUGCCGAAGUUGACGGAAAAUUCGUACCCAAAGGGACCGUUGUUUCUACGAGUGGCUGGAGCAUCACACGCCGUCACGAAUAUUUCUUUGACCCGGAAGCCUUCCACCCCGAGAGGUGGUUGCCGCCUUCUCACAAAUAUUAUGAUCCUCUGUUCUGCAACGAUCUCAAGGAAGCAUCACAACCGUUCUCACUAGGCCCUCGUGUUUGCUUGGGUAUAAACCUGGCUUAUGUGGAACUGAAGCUUUUAUUGGCUCGUCUUGUUUGGGAAUACAAGUGGCACUUGGUCAAUAAGGGCAGUUUUGACUGGGAUAAAGACCGCAAGUUUCAAGCUCUGUGGGUGCUCCCUCAAGUUCGGGUGAGAUAUGAGCGCGCUGGAUAG